AUGCUAUAUUGUGAACUUAUGCAACUCAAACUCCUGGGCUGUCCACCUAGUUCUGAAAUACUCAGAGAACGUUACUUUGAUCGUGUACUAGCAGACAAGGUAGCUCUCACUGAUGUUCCCCCAGUUUGGUUUGCCCCAGAGCUUCUUCAAGCUUACCCAGAAGCCUUGGUUAUCCUGAAUCGGCGUCGCGAUAUCCAAGAUUGGAAAUGCAGUUUCAGGGACUCGAUUCUUCCCAUGAUGCAAAGCUGGAAGUAUUGGCUUGCUAGUUGGUUCGAAGCAGAGUUGUUCUGGGGUGUAUGGUUGACCAGAUUGGGUCAUGACGAGUUUCUGUUCAAAGGGGACUUUGAAGCACACGCGGAAAAGGCCUACAUCGGACACUAUGAGAAUCUUGAAAAGAUACUUGAGGCUGAAGGUCGCGCUUAUCUCGAUUGGUCGGUUGAAGAUGAUUGGGCACCGUUGUGUGAAUUUUUAGAUCUUGCUCGGCCCGAUGUGCCAUUCCCCCAAGGAAAUACUGCGCCAGAGUUUAUCCCUAAGUUAUUGACUGUGGAUGAUGCGCGCUUCAGAAAAGCAACUACGAAUUUCUUCAUUAUUGCGACUGGCCUUGUAGGAGUCAUGUCACUAUACCUUUGGAGAUGA